AUGGCUGGAAUAAUGGUGAGUGCUUCUACUGGUGUGAUGAACUCUUUGUUGGGUAAGCUGACAACCCUCAUGGGAAAGGAGUUUACGAGGCUGAAGAACCUGCGAAAAGAAGUGAGGUUCAUUAAUAAUGAGCUUAUCAGCAUGAAGUAUGCUCUUGAUGGGCUUUCAGAUCUAGAUGAGCUAGAUCCACAAACCAAGAGGUGGAGAGACAUGGUGAGGGAGAUGUCUUAUGAGAUUGAGGACAUCAUCGAUGACUUCAUGCAAAGCAUUGGUGAAAAUGAUAGAACUACUGGGCUUGUUAGCAAUACUGUUCGACGCCUCAAAACUUUGAGGGAUCGUCAUCGGAUUGCUGGACAAAUCGAAGAGGUCAAACAACUUGUGCUAGAGACAAGUGAACGUCAAAGAAGGUAUGAGCUUCGUAUACCCCCAUCAAGUAAUGUUGACAUUGACCCACGAGUCACUGCACUCUACACAGAAGUGGCUGACCUUGUCGGUAUAGAAGGACCAGCGAAUGAGCUUGUCAGUUGGUUAAUGGAUGAGGAGAAGAAGUUGAAGGCCGUAUCAAUUGUGGGAUUUGGAGGUCUGGGAAAAACAACACUUGCCAAUGAGGUAUACCGUAGGGUCAAGGGAGAAUUUGACACUCAUGCUCUCGUGACGGUGUCUCAAAAGCCUAACAUUCAAAAAAUUCUCCACACUUUACUAUCCAAACUUGGCACAGAGACAUCUAUUCACACUUGCGAGUCACGUCUUAUCGAAAUGCUCAGAGAACAUCUCCAAACUAAGAGAUAUUUGAUCAUAAUUGAUGAUAUAUGGGAUAUAUCAGCAUGGAAUAUUAUUAAAUGUGUUUUUAGUAAAAAUGAUCUUGCUAGCAGAGUAGUAGUAACUACAAGAAAGCAAGAUGUGGCUAUGACAUGUUGCUCCCGUGAUUGCAUUUUACAAAUGAAGCCCCUCACCAACGAAGACUCAACAAGGCUGUUUUUUGGUAGGGUAUUUGGCUCGAAAGAAGCUUGCCCUCCCCAGCUUAGAGAUAUUUCGGUUGAAAUUCUCAAAAAAUGUGGUGGUUUACCUCUUGCAAUUAUUAGUAUAUCUAGUAUGCUAGCAAAUAAAAAUUGCAACCAAAAGGAAAGGUGGGAAUAUGUACAAGAUUCUAUGGGCUCGGAAAGCAAUCACAUGCUUGACGGGAUGAGGCAAAUCUUAAACCUCAGCUACAAAGAUCUUCCUCCUUAUCUGAAGACAUGCUUGUUGUAUCUUGGUAUGUAUCCAGAGGACUACCAAAUAGAGAGGUCUAAUCUGGAACGCCAGUGGAUGGCUGAAGGUUUCAUCAGUAUAGAAAAUGGACAAGAUGUGGAGAAGGUUGCAAGAAAUUAUUUCAAUGAGCUUGUGAAUAGAAGCCUUAUUCAACCUGUAGAAUUCGAUAAGAGAGGGUCGGUGACAAAAUGCAAGGUUCAUGAUAUGUUGCUUAAUCUUAUCUUGAUUAAGUCAGCACAGGAGAAUUUUCUCACUAUAGUGGAUGACCCACAUGCCUUUACAAGACUGCAAUGCAAGGUCCGUCGGCUGUCUAUCCGCUUGGAUGGUGCAAGUAAUGGCCGAGAAAUAGUAUCGACAAAUAAUAGUAUGUCGCAGGUUCGGUCGGUUAUGUUCUUUGGGAGCUCUCAGAUUACACCUCCUUUGUCAAAGUUCAAGUUCCUCCGAGUUGUUCAUAUUGACCUUGAUGAUGCUGAAGUUGACCUCACUGGAUUGUGUAAACUUUAUCAGCUGAGGUAUUUAUGCAUUAGUGAUGGUUGUUCAUACCAGCUACCAACACAGAUUAGAGUGCUUCAACACUUGGAGACACUUGAGCUGUUUAGUUGUGACAGGGUUCCGUCAGAUAUAAUUCAUCUACCCCGUUUGAUGUUUCUGAAAGCUUGGACGAGGCUCCAUGAUGGGAUUGGCAAUAUGAAAUCCCUGCGUCAUCUAUUUGGAUUUGAUUUUACGUUGUACAAGCUAGAUAAUAUCAGGGGCCUUGGAGAGCUUACCAAUCUGAAAUUUCUAUAUCUCACGUGCGGCAUUCGUAAGGAUGACUGGGAGAGACGCAUGGAUGCUCUAUGCUCUUCUCUAGGAAACCUAUGUCACCUAGAGAACCUGUUUGUCGAUCUCAUCGGCUGCAUAGAUGGCUUCAUGCCAUUGUUUCCUCCGCCAACUCAUUACCGCCUUGAGAGACUUAUCAUGCAAUGGAGGUGCUGGUUUUCCAGGGUCCCUAGCUGGAUGGGGGAACUCCAUAACCUCUACCAGUUAAAAUUCAAAGUUGGUCAGCUGCUAACUGAUGGUGUUGGUAUCCUUGCUGAGCUGCCCGCCCUCACUCACCUCGAUGUAGAGACCGGAAAAACCACAAACAAAGUGAUUUCCAUCGAGAGAGGAGCAUUCCCUGCUCUAAAGAGUUUUAAGCUUCUAUUAAGUAGUGCUUCGUACUUGACCUUCCAGGCCGGAGCAAUGCCCAGGCUCCAAAGGCUGAAGCUAAAAUUCAAUGUACAUGGAUCGGAGCAGAUUGGGGCUGCACCUGCCGGCCUCGAGCAAUUGUUAGCACUUGAAGAGCUGACUGCAAAAAUCUGCUGCCACCGUGCUUCAGAGUCCGACAGGAGAAGUGCGGACUCUGACUUGAGGAGUGCCGUCGACAUGUUUCCAAGCCAUCUUCUAGUCAAAGUCAGCUAUGAAGAGGUUUGGAAUUUUGGUUUUUCUGAUGACUAG